GUAACAACCCAUAGCAGGGGUAGGAAGAUAGAAUGGGUGUCGAGCUUCAUGGACUUGCUAUGUCGACAUCCACCGCGCGUGUGAUAGCAUGCUUUGAGGAGAAAGGCCUUCCCUUCGAGCUGGCGCCUGUGCGCGUGGAAGUCGGGGCCCAUAAACAACCGCCCUUCCUCUCACUCAAUCCAUUUGGUCAGAUUCCAGCCUUUGAAGACGAUGAAGUCAAGCUCUUUGAGUCAAGGGCAAAAACGAAUUACAUCUCGAACAAGUACAACGAAAUUGGAGCCGAUCUUCUGAGAUUCGGAAACGUCCCUGAGUUUGCCCUCGUCUUGGUAUGGAUGGAGGUCGAAGCUCACCGAUUCAACCCCCCAAUCUCAGCCAUUGUGCGUGAAGCCUUAGUCAAGCCAGCAUUUGGGGCCACAACAGAUGCUUCAGUGAUCGAGGCUGAGGCCAAGAAGUUAGCCAAGGUAUUGGAUGUGUACGAGUCAAGGCUAUCGGAAAACAAGUACUUGGCCGGAGAAAAUUUCUCUUUGGCUGAUCUUCACCACCUUCCCUAUAUACAUUACCUCCUCAAAACAUCGAAGGCAGAUCUGAUUACUUCUCGGAAGCAUGUUAAGGCGUGGUGGGAUGACAUUUCCUCUCGCCCCUCUUGGAAGAAAGUCUCAGAGAAUAUGAAGUUUUAGGGUUUAGGGUUCAGGGUUUUAACUAGUUUGAAUGAAAUAUAGCUUUCUUGAAACUUGCUUAUAGUUAAGUUUGGAAUUAUUUUUUCCUCUGCAUUUCUAAUUUCAUGAUCUCCUUUCCUCAUUUGUAAAGCAUUUCGAUCAUAUUCCAAUAAAUUCGCAUUAGAAGU